AUGACUGUUCGCCCGGGGAGACAUUAUUGCGGAGAGCAUGAGCCACAACCAAGAAGUUGUGAUGGAAAAAACGACGACACACGCGUACCUUGCCCGAAUGAUCCGAAACAUACAUGUUAUGCCAGCAAACUUGAAAAGCAUUUGUCUAUUUGUAAUGCACGAAAACAGGAACAACCAAGCUACAUAAUACAAAAUAUUAAUGCUCCAACACAGCUAGAUGAAUGUGCACGACUGCCUCUCAACCAAAUCCCUUUGGAUACUAUACUAAAAUGUAUUGAGAAAGUCAACCUACUGUAUGAUGGACAUCUCAAAGAUAAAAUUAAAACAUUACCAGAAAAACCUAUACAUGCAUGUGUAAGGGAAGAGUUCAAUGAAGUAGGCAGAACUGAAAGUUCUUUAAGGCAUUUAAGACAAGCAUCCCAAUUAUUGCAUUUACUGGAGGAGGAACAGCUUGUGGCAAAGAAUACUUGCUAUGUAGAGUUGGGUGCCGGCAAAGGUCAUCUAUCGUAUUACGCAUGGAAGGCGUGGUGUCAGGACGGCGACAGCGCGGUGCUGCUGGUGGACCGCGCGUCGCUGCGCCACAAGCGCGACAACAAGCUACGCGGCGUCGGCGGCGUGCAGCGCCUGCGCGCCGACCUGGCGCACCUGGCGCUGGCCCGCGUGCCCGCCGUGCGCCGCCGCGCCGCCGUCGUGGCCUACGCCAAGCAUCUGUGCGGAGUCGCCAUGGACUACGCGUUGCGGUGCGUGGCGAGCGCGGGGAGCGGCGCGGCGCUGGCCACGUGCUGCCACCACCGCUGCGCGCGCGCCGCCGCCGUGGCCGCGCCGCCGCUGCAGGAGCUGGGCAUAAACGACGAGGACUUCAACGUGAUGUUGGGCGUGGUGUCGUGGGCGACGUGCGGCGACGGCCGCAGCCGCCGGCGCCGCGCCGCCGCCGCCGCCGACGUGGGCGCGCCCAUAGUGGGCACUAAGAACCUAAACCUCGACCGAGCACAACGCGAACAGAUCGGAAGACGGGCUAAGGCUUUACUUGACUGGGGAAGAGUCCUAUACCUAAAGGAGCACGGGUUCGACGCUCGGCUAGUGUACUACGUGCCCACCAGUGUAUCUCUAGAGAAUGUUUGUAUUAUAGCUAAAAAAAUUAGU